AUGCCUGGACCUGCGCUUCAAUAUGGACCAGAGCACUAUACCGCAGACGAGGCCAGGGAAUAUGUCCAGUUCACCCUCAUAGGCAACUAUCUCAACUACGCUGUCGCGACCCUUCUCGUCUACGAGCUCUUUACUUCCCUUGACGACGAAGUUGCACGCAUUUGGCCACUCAAAUGGCGUCUCCCGAAGAUUCUCUUCAUGCUCAAUCGCUAUGUUAUCCGGGCUAUUCUUGUUGCGCUUUGGAUUGUCGCCGACUUUCCCUCUAUUUCUCCUGGAUUCUGCCAAGUUUACAGCUGGUGGCAGAUGUUCCCUCUUCGGCUCGCUAUUCUGGCCGCGCAAGCACUUGUGGUUAUUAGAGUGUGGGCCAUCUACAAUAAUUCCCGCAGGAUGCUCUAUUUGCUCAGCUUUCUCUACGCUUGCGAGUUCCUAGCGGUCCUCGGCUCCAUAAUAAUUGCUACUAUUGACACUCAAGGUGUCGCACAACCGGCCCCGUUGUCCUGUGGUCUCAUUAGCGUCAGCGGCUAUUUGUUAAAGCGAUAUGCAAGUGCCACAUGGAUUGCCCCAGUCGUUUUCGAAUUUGUCAUGGUCGUCAUUACACUGUUCAAACUUCUGCCUCGUUGGUCAUUCCGUUCGCGACCUAACUCCCAAGCUGGGACUAGCUCCGGUCUGGCUUUCUUCGGUGUCGCACUCGGCUCGGGUGGAAACCCAACACUGGACGUCCUGGCCAGAGAUUCAUUGGUGUAUUUUUUGUUCAUCUUCACCUUUUCCCUCACGAACGCCGUGAUUUAUGAAUUGUCCUUUGCCGCGUACUACCACGCGAUAUUGUUGGGACUCACAAGCGCCAUUUCAUGCAUUGCUGUUUCCCGCAUGAUGAUAAACAUUCGUUCGAUUCCGGCGCCAACUUCCCACAUCACCGAAGAUAACGGGGAGGCGGUUUCUAUUUCACAAAGCUACCGCAACAUCAACGAUGGACAAUACGCGUACUACGGCAGACACCCAUACCAAACGAGCAACUACGGCAAACCUUAUCAACCCUCUGCAUCGAACCUCGAUCUUGACGUGGCGUUUGCUGACACUUAUGGUGGUGGUGGGUUGGGUUUGGGCAAUCUCCCUCCGGAGGCGGAAGACGAUGUUCCGGGUACUGCACGGUCAUUUCUUGGCAGCAAAGAUGACCUUCGGCGACCCAGGAGAUCAACAGACAUCGCCUAUCCGCCUAGGCCUCAUUCCAAUUCCCGACGGAAACCAGCACCAAAGGUAGCUGACCACUACGCUGGCCUGCCCAGUACCCCAUCGACAUUAGUCGCGUCUCCACCCGCAUCACCCGUCGGAAUGAUGGCUUCUUCGUCGUCAUUAGCGGCCGCUCCUCCCCGAACCUCGAUAUCAGGCAACGAACCACCUUCACUCCCUUCAUCAUUGCCAUCUACAUCGAGCGCAGGCCCUUUGCAUACAUAUUCUCCGCCAGAAGGGGUCUAUGAGAGCGGUUAUGAGGCCGGAUUAAGGAUAGCAAAGCAAAGAAAGGAACGAGGUAAGAGACCGGGAACGGGAGAUAGCACUGCUAGCUAUGGCUAG